AUGGAUGCGCGAAGCUCGAAACCGGGGAAGCCAGUUCCGUUCGAGGAGCAGGAAAUCAAGGCUCUAUGCCUCCAGGUUCGGAGCAUUUUCCUUUCUCAAAGUCCAUUCCUGGAGCUGGAGGCCCCUAUGAACAUUUGUGGAGACGUUCACGGGCAGUUCCAUGAUCUCCUCCGAAUGUUUGAGUACGGAGGGUUUCCGCCCAACAGCAACUAUCUGUUUCUCGGCGACUAUGUGGAUCGAGGCAAGCAGAGUCUUGAGACCAUCGUGCUCCUGUUUACCUACAAGGCCUUGUAUCCGGAAAACUUUUUCUUGCUCCGAGGCAACCACGAGAGUGCAUCGAUUACGCGUAUCUACGGGUUCUACGAUGAGUGCAAGCGACGCUUCAACAUCAAGCUUUGGAAAAGUUUCUGUGAUGUCUUCAACUGUUUACCCGUUAGCGCGCUGGUUGACGAGAAGGUCAUGUGCAUGCAUGGCGGCCUUUCGCCAGAGCUGCAGCACUUUGACCAGAUUCGGAAAAUUGUCCGCCCCACCGACGUUCCAGAUUCCGGGUUGAUAUGUGACCUGCUGUGGUCAGACCCCGACAGGGACUACGUCGGCUGGGCUGAGAACGACAGGGGUGUCUCCUAUGUGUUCGGGACCGAUGUGGUGGCAGCUUUCCUGAAACGAUACAACCUUGACCUUGUGUGCCGGGCGCACCAAGUCGUUGAAGAUGGGUAUGAGUUCUUUGGCAAGCGGAGUCUUGUAACCCUGUUCAGCGCCCCAAACUACUGCGGCGAGUUCGACAACGCGGGGGCCAUGAUGACAUUAGAUGAGACGCUGAUGUGCAAGUUCAUCGUCUUGAAGCCAACGGUCAAAAAGAAAUGA